AUGAAAAUGUUUGCCAAAUGUAACAGUUCACGCAUACGAACUACGUUUAAGAUAAUUACAGCUGACAUUGUUUUCGAGGCGGUGCUGAUGCUUGGCCUUGUCCAUCUCGUUAGAGGUACAGGAUGUCCUAAGGGAGGGCCUUCUACUAUGGAAAUCUGCAAGACGAGAAGUCUGACCGCCUCCAGUAUACUACUGGACUUUUACCCAGCACGGAAUAUCCCAGUGGACGAGUGUGAUUGUACCGUCCUCAUCUACCAGGGCAACAAAGUGUCUUUUAACCCCGUCUCCGUCCCUAACUACGUGGGGUGUGGUUCCGAGAUACAUAUACAACGGUACCUACCCCGGGGAGAAAAACAGGUCAUAUCCUGCCUGGGGUCCACCACCUUUCCUGGUCUGUCGCCUGGAAACACACUCACCAUCUCUCUGAAACGAGUACACGAGCCGUACGAUACGUCCUACUGUUAUCGCCUGGAUAUAGAAGGAAAAGCUGCAUCGAUGUCUUUAGUUUGUGAAGCUGCCAAAACAACUACAACCAUCGCCAUAACAACAAGCCAAGCCUUCACCACAACGGACCAGGAUCAAACCGGGAACCAAUCGUCUCGGGUCGAGGUUUUAGACACUGAAUCAUUACCAACAUUGACAGGUGUCGGGACUAUUGCGAUGACCACCGUUAUGUCAGUUUUGAUAAUCUAUUCUACGGUCAUCACAUUGUUGUAUAUUUUGUUACGAAAAAAACGACAACAACAAGAGAAAGCCUACAAUGAAAUUUACGAGGAGAUUCCUUCCAAACCACCCGUCCAAAUUAGGGACAGUCGGUCGACGCGUUUGUCCAGUAUCUCAGACGACAGAGCUCUGCCCGCCAUUCCACAGCCCACAUUUCAGCGUCAGUAUAGCCAGUACAACGCCAACGCGCCUCCACAAAGAGCUCCUAGUAUCAGCGAACAGACACACUGGAACUGGACCUACCAGGACAAGACGCCUGACAAAGAACAGACGUAUAUUAACCAACCAUUCUAGAUAAAACAUGAUUGAGUAUUCAGCGGUCCAAUCAAAUUAACUGUAACAUCGCCAUUAUAAGUAGCGUGAAUUGAUAUUUUAUAUGUGUGACAUGUUUAGGUAAACUAUUGUGAUUGUGAUGAAAGUCUAUUUUAGAUGUUAACCUACUUUGCUAUAC